GAGGAGGAGAAAAGUGGGGGGGAAAAAUAAGUGGGCAGCAGAGAAAAUGGACAGAAAGCUUUCCGUACGGACACGUGUGGUCAGGAAUGUGUCUGUCCCGGCUUCACAAAGCAGAAGCUCUUCAUCCCGUCCUCCUCUCUGCUCUCAGUCUGAUCUCCUCCUUGCUUUGGCAGGAGCAGCUCCUCGCUUUGUGUCUGCAGACGUUCAGAUGACUUUCUCCAGCCAAGCUCUGGACAGAUGUGGAAACCGCUCUCAGCGCCAGAGGAAGCCGCUCAGAUCAGCCUGGAAGCAGGCGGCUGCAGAGGCCAACCCUGAGCCUACACACUCGACCCGUCCCUCCUCGCUCAGCUGCUUCCAGUCGGUGAAGAUGUAGUCGGCUCGGCCUCCAUGGAGAUGUCUCCAAACGCGGCGCGCUCCGCCUUGCUGCCCUGGUUGCUGUGUUUGGCGGCGGCGCUGACCUCCGACCUCCAGCCGAUGGCUUCCGCCCCGUCGCACGGCGCUCCUAACAACGCCACGCUGCUGUUCGACAGCGGCGCCGGCCUCCGCAACUGCAGCUGCUCGGCGGCCGUCCGGGACUGCGACGAGGCGCGGGCCAACUCCCGGUGCCGGUGCCACAGCGUCCUGCGGACGGCGCUGCCCGGCUCGGGCCUGGGGCGGCCGGGCAGCCUGACGGUGUGGGUGAGGGAGCCCUGGGUGCUGGAGGAGCUGCUGAACGGCAGCACGGUCGCUCACCUGCGCCUGUCUCUCUGCGGAGCGGAGCCGCUGCAGAGCCGGCAGCUGGUUCUGCUCGGGUUACGGACCCUCAGAGUUCACAGCGCCGCUCCGGGAGCUCCGUAUCCCAACCAGGAGGUGCGGGUUUGGGCGGCGGAGCUGGACGAGUCCUCUUCCCUCCACAUGGCCCUCCUGGAUGUGGGCGCGCUGAACGGACGCUCGGCUCUGAAGGCCUACAGCGUCAUCGGGCCGCCUCUCCAGGCCUUCUCGCAGUUCUUUCCACACCUGGGUUUCCCGUCAGCUCCGACGUCUUCUGAUGCGCCGGACGAGCCUCUGGAGUCCAGGAGAAACUCGUCAGAACCUUUACGGAAGACGUUCACCACAUUUGUGUACUGACGCGUCCUCCAUCCGCGGUCAGGAUCCACGGGAAUCAUUCUGUACACAAGAAUAAUUUCUGCUUACUGUCAUUUUAGCAGAAAUGUGCUUUUUAAAAGGCUGAAAUCAACAAUCAAUGGACUCCUAUUUCUUGUCCUGAGAGGAAUCACUCUCAGGAGAUUUGUCCUCUUGUUUGCAGUUUGAGAAUAUUUUCCAAAAGUUGCAGCUUUUUAUUUAUAUUUCAUUAAAUAUUUAUCAUUUUAAUAACAAAGCUUGUUUCAGACCCUAAAUUGAUUUCCUGUGCUAACAACCAGGCGUUCAUGAACUCUGUGCUGCGGCAUUAAUAUGAAGCGUCCUGCAGAAAAUGUCAAAGCUGCACACAAACAUGCAGCUUCAUGUCAUCCUGCAUGAAUCUGUCUGACAGGAGUCUAACGCACGGCUGGGAUGUAGAGGCGUGCCUCCAUCCUGGUUUACCUGCUCUGUCAAGUUUUACUCCGUUAAUUGACGUAUUUCCUGCUUAGUUUUUUAUAAUCUCGUGCUUCCUGGUCAUCUUUGCUGUCGUGGCUGUGUGUAAUAUUUGUUUUUACCAUUCUCCUUCAUGCAUCCUUCUGGCCUCUCUUUCUCCUUUUACCAGUCGUGCCGUUAUUUUUUCCCUCGGUUUUGGAUCUUAUUUUAGGUUAUUUUGGAUUAUUGGUGCCCCGUGUUAUCUUCAGUUAGCCUUUUUCAGUCUGUUUCUUUAUAAGUCAGCUCUAGAUGUGCUGUUUUUACUUUUAUUUUCUCACAUUGUGGUUUCAGAUUGUAAUUUUAGAUUUUUUCUUUAUGCAUUUUCAGGUUUUUUUUGCAUAAUUUUAAGUUUUCCUUGCAGUUUAAUAAAGUUGGUUUGUUCUUCUA